AACAACAAUGGUGGAUAAUUGAAGAAGUGUGAACAUAAGGAUGAGCGAAUGACAUUUACAGUUACCGUUACCAGACCGAUAUCACAAGUGAAUCAACAGGGGGAGGAUGAAGCGGCGCAAUGCGGACUGCAGCAAACUCCGACGGCCGUUAAAACGGAACCGAAUCACCGAGGGUAUAUAUAGCAGUACAUUCCUGUACCUGAAGUUCCUCGUAGUGUGGGUGUUAGUUCUGCUGGCUGACUUUGUGCUGGAGUUCAGGUUCGAGUACCUGUGGCCCUUUUGGCUUUUCAUUCGAAGUGUCUACGACUCCUUCAGAUAUCAGGGACUGGCAUUCUCUGUCUUCUUUGUAUGUGUGGCGUUUACAUCAGACAUCAUCUGCCUCCUUUUCAUCCCCGUCCAAUGGCUGUUUUUUGCUGCCAGCACCUACGUAUGGGUCCAGUAUGUCUGGCACACAGAAAGAGGAGUCUGUCUACCCACUGUAUCGCUGUGGAUCCUGUUUGUGUAUAUUGAAGCUGCCAUACGGUUCAAAGAUCUGAAGAACUUUCAUGUAGACCUGUGUCGACCGUUUGCUGCUCACUGUAUCGGCUAUCCAGUGGUGACUCUGGGCUUCGGCUUUAAGAGCUAUGUGAGCUAUAAGAUGCGACUGAGGAAACAGAAGGAAGUGCAAAAGGAGAAUGAAUUCUACAUGCAGCUUCUACAGCAGGCUUUACCACCAGAGCAACAGAUGCUGCAAAGACAAGAGAGAGAGGCAGAGGAGGCUGCUUUAGCUAAAGGGAUCUCAGAGGUAGAAGCUUCAGUAAUAUCCCAAAACGGAGCACCGCCUGGAAAGAAAAGCACCUCAGUCCCAUUACCAGAACUGGAGUACCGGGAAAAAGGGAAGGACAGUGCUGCGAAAGAGCGCGAGGGCAAAAAACAAAACACAAUUGGAAUCAAUAACAACAGUAUUAUACAUGCACUGGACUCCAAACUACAGGAGACAGAGUAUAUUGAGAACUACGUCGGGGCAAAGAGACUGAACAACGACCUGGCAGGAGAAAACACACAUGCCGACACCAAUACACACUCUACUUCAAAAGAGGAAAUGGGGGGUGCGGGGAAGAACUAUAAAAAUGCCAGCGGAGGCGGGGGCAGCAUUUCCAAUUCAUCUCCACGGAAUCACAGUUCUACAAACGGCAGCGUGCCGCCGGGUUCCUCGACCAGUAAGAAUGAGAAGAAGCAGAAGGGGGCAGGGAAGAGUCAGAAGGAUCCGGUGGAGAACUGCAUUCCAAACAACCAGCUGGGCAAGCCAGAUGCUCUAGUACGGCUGGAGCAGGAUGUGAAACGACUGAAGGCAGAUCUUCAGGCCAACAGGCAGUUGGAGUCAGAGCUGCGGAGUCAGCUUUCCUCUCUGAGCAGCCAGGACCGCAGCCUCCGCUCUGAACUGGGCCAGCUCCGCCAGGACAACGAGCUGCUACAGAACAAGCUCCACAGUGCCGUCCAGGCCAAGCAGAAGGACAAGCAGACCAUCUCGCAGCUGGAGAAGAGGCUAAAGGCCGAGCAGGAGGCUCGGGCCCUGGCUGAGAAACAGCUGGCUGAGGAGAGGAAGAGGAAGAAGAUGGAGGAGGCCACUGCUGCCAGAGCUGUAGCAUUAGCCGCUGCCACAAGAGUGGAGUCCACCGACUCUCUUCGAGUUCGUAUCAGAGAGCUGGAGACGGAGUGCAAGAAGCUCAGCAUGGACAUGAAACUUAAGGAGGAGCAGAUUAGGGAUCUGGAGGGCAAGUGUCAGGAGCUGCGGAAGUAUAAAGAGAAUGAGAAGGACACAGAGGUGUUGAUGUCAGCACUGUCAGCCAUGCAGGAAAAGACCCAGCACCUGGAGAACAGCCUCAGCGCUGAGACCAGGAUCAAACUGGACCUCUUCUCUGCACUGGGGGACGCCAAGAGGCAGCUGGAGAUAGCACAAGGCCAGAUCCACCACAGAGAGCAGGAGAUCGCAGAGCUGAAGCAGAAGAUAGCAGAGGUGAUGGCGGUGAUGCCGAGCCUGUCCUACUCGUCAGACGGCAGCAACCUCAGCCCCGUCACCCCGCACUACUCUUCCAAGUUCAUGGACAAUAGUCCCUCCUCCCUGGACCCCAACGCCUCAGUCUACCAGCCCCUCAAAAAGUGACUCUGACACCUACACUGUUUGUCAGACAGAACUUUUUUUCUCUUUCUUUAUUUCAGUGAAGCUCUCAGCUCUGGUUUAUGUUUUUUUGAGUUUACCAGCCCCUGACAGUUUUGCACUCAGACACACACACACACGCACAUACAUACACAGUGCACACAACCCCUCCAUACAUAUAUGUACUUGGGUCCUUUUUUUGGUUCUAUUAUUAGAACUAUUAUUUUGAAGGGGUUGUGUACAGUAGGAUUUUUUUGUUGUUGCUGUUGAGUUUUGGGAUUUAGCCAUUAGACAGCGGGAUCUGUUUGAAGGGGGAGAAAGGAACACACAAUUUGUUGGCCAAACGUCUACUUAAGAGCCAUGAUGCAUCACUUCAUGUCAGUCUUCUUUUGGUGUACAGUAUAAAUCCCCCCCACAGCCAUAUUUUCUUCUAUAGUUAACUGACACCCAGACUUUUAAUUUGAAAAAAAAAAACAAUUGGCUUUCAUGAUGGUUUAUAUGAAGGCAGAAGAUGUGUUUUCUGUUCAGAUGUGAAUUUGAAACUCACCUGUAAAGUAAAGCCCCUGUGAGAGAUACAUGAAUGUAAAACUAUUCAUGUUUUGAUAUCGCCAUUAACUUAAAUCAGUGAUGAUUUGUUUUGUAAUGUUUCAGUUCAGUUACGACGAUGUACAUUUCUUCUAAGAUAGUGAUAUUGAGCAGGUAAACGUUUGCUGUGUUCCUCAGAUAUUACAAAUACAAUUUGUUCCCUUAAUGCUGGAACAGUGGAUUCUCCAGGAUUAUCAGUAAGUGGAUGAAGCAGAUGUAGUUUUGUCCUUUAAAAAAAAAAAUGCUACUGAUAUAUUCGACCUGGCACUGCCAAAAAUGUUACAUUAUUGUUCACCUGUUUGCUGGAGACACCUUUUCCCCUCCCUCUGGACCAAAUUAGAACCUGUUAGGCCAUAUUGUUCACUGGAUUUAAUGAUGUCGAGGUAACCAGUGGUUACCAUUAUUUGCAGAUUUUACAGUGCCUUGCAGUUCCUCUUUUUCAGAUGCAGAAACCACAUACUUUGCAAUCCUGGGAUCUAAAAAGCAUCAACCUUCAAAACCCUCUCUUUGUCUCUCUCUGGCUCCGACUCGCCUGGUUCUCAUUUGUUCGAGUCAAAGAUUUCUCACAGCCUGAACAUUUCAAUUCAGUAUUCAAAGGCUAAAACAAUUAAGUGUCACUUCAGACACAUCCAAUCGUUUCGCAGCUAAUUGACCUCAAUAUUACAGAUUUUAAAUGGAAGACAUAACUCUGGACAUGGCACAGUACAUGUCAUUUCAUAGUGACGCAGUCUUGGUAUGCCAGACACCAACCAUACUGAUUGUCUGUUAUCAUGCCGUAGAGUUGGCAUUUAGUUGUUUACAACAAUGUACAUUAACUUACUGAGGAAUGUUUUCUUUUGUUAUCUCAUUUCAGUUCUGAAGUGCCAAGUGUUGAUGUUGGGUUUCCAUCCAUACUUUGAUCGAUGUAGCUAGCAUAAUGUUUGCAGAAGAGUGCUGUUAUUUUUUGUCAUUUAGAACAUAUUCGGAUGGUGUUGUGUUUACAAGGUUCUGGGCUGAUCAUGACGACGCAGCAGGUGGUCAGUUGAACUGAUUGUGUUAUUCACACAUUUAUUUAUUUGUUACAGAAUUUUUAUUGACAGGCACCUCCUUGAUAUUUCCCAUCAUAUUGAGUUGAUUUCCUAUAUUUUCUACCAGGAAGGAUUCAGUGAAUGUGUUGUGUUGGGAAAAGGUUACCCCUGAACCAUUUGACCAUGUUGUGCUGUCAUGUUGCCUACCUGGGGAAAAAAAAAGUAUUUCUUGUGGAUCGCUCUGGCGUUGUGAAUUGAGUUCUCAAGUUGCUUUUAGAAGUUUGUGUAGAAGGAAGAGAAGGUUUAAAAAAAAAAAAAAAAGUGCUUUGUUUUAUCUUUUCAUUGUUCCACCAUGUUUAUUUUCUUUACUCAAAGUGAUGGUGGCUGUGUCUCACUUUUUGCUUUGACCAUCACUAUUAAAGAAAGUCUUGCUGGUGGCAAUGCAAGCUGUUCAGUCUCUGUGUGUGUCACCAUCUUUGUGUCAAGUUUGACUUUUUCUGGUUCGACCAAGGGGCCAAACUUUUUACCCAGAAGUGACCAAGAGAUGGUGACGGUGUGGUACAUGGAAACUGGGAUGACAAAACAACAAAACAUAUUCUAACUGACUUUCUUUCUUUCUUUUUUUUAUUAUUAUUAUUUCAUUUUGUUCAUUUUACAACAAACAAGUUUACAAUGCUAUAUUGAGAUGUGUCAAUGCCAGCAGUUCACAAAAGGUAUUUAGUUUGUAAACAAACUUUUCUAUUUUAAUUUUCAUAUUUUCUCAUUGUUAGUACAAAAUACAGGAACAAGAUCCACUCAUUUACUUUUGUGUUUGGAAACACUGAAGCCACAGAGCUGCUUUGCUAUGUAGGUUUUGUGUCUGUGAUGCAAUGGACUGACAUAUAUGUUAGGUCAAUAUUUUCAGCUACUCAAUUCCAGGAAGAUAACACAUUACAAGCCCUCUUUACAAAAAAGGUAUGGUAUCAGAAUACAAACAUACAUUCAUACAAAUUAAAAUCAGAAAAUACUUUUCUCUCCUUAAGUCGAUGAUAGCACUUUCAUAGCAAACACAACCUCUACAACCAUUUUGCAUUUCAUGUGUAAGGAAAUUUCUGAAAUAACCCACAAAAAGGACUGAAACACAUGCUACUAACAAACUGAUAUAACUACAGUUUUAA